CCGAGGCAUGCCCAAGGCUAUAAGAGCCCCUCUCUGCCAGAGGAGACCUCACCCAACUUUCUUCUUCUAUACUCACAUACAUCUUCAGCGUAUCAGUUUCAUACACAAUGACAACUACUCAAUUCCCCGCACCUGGCGCCGCCAAUGCCGUCAGCAUCUCCCCCAUUGGCUUCGGAGCUAUGGGAUUCCACGCCUUCUACCGUAGCGGCGCUCCCGAACAGGCAGAGUUUGAAGCGUUUAUGAACGAGCUCCUCAAGGAGAUUCCCAACCCUGUCCAUAUCGAUACUGCCGCCAUCUACGGUCUUUCCCCAGAUGGACGAGAGAGCGAGACCGCCAUUGGCAAGUGGCUCGCUAAGUCCGGUCAGCGCAAGAACGUCUUCCUAGCUACCAAGUUCGGGUUCGACAAGAACUUUGCACCAGCCGCAACCGCUAAGGACGCUCAUGCCAGUCUCGCUAGGUCUCUUGAGCUCCUGCAGACCGACUACGUCGACCUGUUCUACAUUCACCGACCGGACAGGGCGCUCGGAAUUGAGGACACCAUGAAGGGUCUCAAGGAGCUCAAGGAGUCUGGCAAGAUUCGCCACAUUGGUGUUUCUGAAUUCAACCAGGACGAGCUUGUUCGUGCGCACAAGAUUGUCCCCAUUUCGGCUGUACAGAUCGAGGUGAGCCCAUGGACUCCCGAGCCCCUCUACAAUGGUACGCUCGAGUGGUGCAAGAAGGAAGGAGUGGCCCUCGUGCCUUACUCGCCUUUGGGUAGAGGAUUCCUCGCCGGCAAGUUCAAGAGCGAGGAUGACAUUGCCGACGAUGACUUCAGGAAAGGCAACGAGCGCUUCCAGGGAGAGAACUUCAAGAAGAACCUCGAGCUCGUUGACGACAUUAAGAAGAUUGCCGCCAAGAGGUCCGCCACACCUGGACAGAUUUGUCUCGCUUGGCUCCUCGCACAGGGGCCCAAUGUCUUCCCUAUUCCUGGUACGACCAAGGCGCAGAACAUGAAGGAGAAUGCGGCAGCAUCGAAGAUCAAGCUGACAAAGGAGGAGGAAGAGGAGAUUACUGGAAUCAUCAAGAGCUUCAAGGCUUCCGGGGAACGAUACCCAGAGAUGAUGCGAGCCGCUCUUGCCUUCUGAGCAAACCAAAAGGUGAUUCACGUAUGAUCCGGGUCUGUCCCACUUAAUGUAAUGGAGAUGAUCACAUAGCUUUAUUUCGCGCAUUGUAUGUUGUGAUCCAAGCACU